CCGCUGAAUCAAUUUCCCAAUUUCCCCAUAUAAAAGAUCGGUGUUUUAUCGGACGAAUAUUAACGAUUCGUGUUCAUCGCCAUCAACGUCCUCUCCAUCCUCCCCUGUCCUCCGCUUUAUCUCUCUAGAGCCAACAAACAAACAAAGCACAACAGAGCCGAACAGACAAGACAACCCAGAGAUUAAUUUACAUCUGGAUAAGGAAAUCGAAGCCAAUCCGAUAUGUCUACGCGUCUGUUUACAAAACCCACCUCCCCAUUUCCUCUCGCCUCCACAUUCGACCGCGACUCCUGGGGUUCUCCAAGAAAGUUCUGAUCUUUUUCGGGUCUCGUUCAUCGGGUAUCGGGACGUCGUCCGGAAAUGGGUUUGAUCUUCUCGAGGGAAUCCCUGGGUUGCGCGCCUUCCCCGCCGGCGGCGACGAGCCUGGGGGACUUGCCGGAGAGCUGCGCGGCGUCGGUCUUGGCCUACUUGGAGCCGACGGAUAUUUGCCGGCUGGGGAGGCUGAAUCGGGCGUUUCGAGGGGCGUCGUGGGCCGAUUUCGUCUGGGAAUCGAAGUUGCCCGAGAACUACCGCGUUCUCGUCGAGAAGGUGCUAGGUGGGGACUGUGUCGUUGGAAAUGGCUUGAGCAAGAGAGAGAUGUACACGAGGCUUUGUCGAGCUAACGUUUUCGAUGGAGGCACAAAGAAAGUUUGGCUGGAUAAAUUUACCAGCCGUGUUUGUAUAUCUAUUGCUUCAAAAGGCUUAGCUAUUACUGGGAUUGAUGAUAGGAGAUAUUGGAGUCACAUCCCAACGGAGGAAUCUAGGUUUGGAACUGUUGCGUAUCUCCAGCAAACAUGGUGGUUCCAAGUCGAGGGAGAGAUGGAAUUCCCGUUCCCCGCGGGGUCCUACAGCAUCUUCUUCAGAAUCCAGUUGGGCCGGGCCCAGAAGAGGUUCGGUCGCAGGAUUUGCAACUCGGAGCAUGUACACGGUUGGGACAAAAAGCCCGUGCGGUUCCAGCUGUGGACUUCGGACGGCCAGUCUGCUUCAUCCCAGUGUUUCCUUGGCGAGCCUGGGAAAUGGGUGAACUACCAUGUCGGGGACUUUGCCGUCCGCAGCCAGCAGGCGUUCACCAAGGUGAAGUUCUCCAUGACGCAAAUCGAUUGUACACACACUAAGGGAGGUCUGUGUCUGGACUCUGUAAUUAUACACCCUAGUGAGUCCAAGGAGAGGUUGAUGCGGUUUUGAGGUGCAUCUAUCUAGCCUUCUUAGGUAGAAAAGUGUAACAAAGUUAGUCUUUAUGUACCAGUUUGGCUAUUUUUAGGAGUAUGAGCGUUUGUGCCUAAGAAAGCGAGGAAACUGUGUAUAGUCUUAGCAUCCUUCUCGAGUAGACAUAUCGCCGGAAACAUUUAAAUAACAUCUGAGCCCUAUGAUUUCUUUA